AUGUCAGUGAAGGAUCAGAUAAUUCUCGAUUUUUUAUUGACACACAAUAACCAAAAGAACAAUUUGACAGCCCUUGUAAAUGAGCUGUCUCAUAGCUGUGACGAUAUGCUGAAGACUUGCAUGUUUAGGAGUAAGCAAACACCAUGCAUGAAUCUUUUCAGACAAAGUAGUUUACCUGACGGAAGAAGCUGUUGUGUAUCAAAAAACUCCAUAGUAUCUGGUGAAUCUGAGCCGACAUCAUGGUUUCUGGAGUGGAGUGGUGAGCAAUUUGGUCUGUCUGUGAUCUUGGAUUUAGAGACUGACGAAUACUUGCCAAGUUCUCAAACCUUUGGAGCCGAAAUACUGAUUUUUGAUCCACGUUCACAUCCAUACUCACUGACCUAUGGCGUAUCUUCCAUUAUGGCAACGUAUAAGGAGGCGACUUUCAUAAGCAUAGAUCCAGCAGUUGAUAAUAAUACUUACGCAACAGGAGAUGAUGGUGACACCGUUUGCAGGAGGACAAUGCCUUCUCUCCAUGGAUUACAGGAGAAAAUCUUGUACAGCGUAUCAGAAUGCCAGUUCCGAUGUAUAAUGCUCCAUCUUUUCCACCCCUGUGAAUGCUAUCUUUAUAAGCAUCGGAGGAAUAAGAGACGAAAUUAUUUUGAAGACUUCAAUUCUAUGUUGGAAGAUUGCAGAUGUCCUCCCAGUUGUGAAAGUGUGCUGUAUCAAACCUCAACUUACAAUCUGAACAUAGAUCAAGACAGCAAUCCCAACAAUCAGAAUGAGUCACACGUUUUUAUCUAUUUUGAAAAUAUGUUCGUAAACUCGUACGAAAGAGAACCGAUUUACACUUCUAUGGAGCUAUUUGCUCAAAUUAUUGGACAUUGCUCAUUAUUUUUUGGCGCAAGUCUGGCAAGUAUUGUUGAGCUGAUAUACUUCUUUACUCUGAGACUACUUUGUGAGCUUUAUACCAAUCAGGAACGAAAGAAAGAUGAAGAGAAGAGAAAAGCGGAUACGAAGCAAAUAUGUGGGGUUCCUCAAGAGGGAAAUAUCGACUGUAAUGAAAUUCUAGAUUACAUUGAUUAG